CAGUACAGGCCAGAAACCCUCUUGAGAAAAAAGCAACCCACAGAAGAUCCUUCUUCGCCCCUCCUCCUCGAGUAACGUUAUUCAAUCAAGUGGCAUUGGCCACCAUACUUCACAUCAUCGCUUAUCUUUUCAGUGAAACUAAAGGAAGGGCAGAUAUUCAACUACGAUUUUGAGCGAGAUUAACCCAUGAGACUCUCAGAGCCUGAGCAUGAACCAGGGGAGAGGUGCUUGUUUGUGGACCUCAGUGCCUCAGCACUACCCCGCACCAUGUGAUCGUUACAAGCAUGCGUCUUGUGUCUACAGAGGCCAUGUUUACGUAUUAGGUGGCAGAGAAAAAUGCUCACUGAGAGAUUUCUGGAAAUAUAAUGUGGGUAAGGGAAAUAUAUAUAUUUGUAGUCUGUGACAAGUGGGCCGGGCUUCCCUGUGAUAGCGAAGAAGCACCUGAAGAACUGGAGGAGCACACAAUGGUAGCAUAUCAGGGGUUUAUGUAUGUCUUCGGAGGAAUUCAAGACUCAUCAUAUACUAGCUCAAAAACACCUCUUUGGGUAUUUGAUACAGUUAAAGAGUGCUGGAUUAACUGGAAAACAGGGAGUGAACCUAUACAGGGAGUGACACCAGCAAACAGAAAAGGGCACAGUGCUGUUAUCUUUGGGUCAUCUAUGUAUGUCUACGGUGGAUACAUUGAUAUAAGAGGAUCAACGAAGGAAUUCUGGAAAUUUGAUUUUGAUUCUAGGGGGUGGUCGCUACUAAGCAGUGUACAAGGUGGGCCUGGUCCCAGACAUGGUCACUCAGCUAUGACACACCAGGAUUCUAUGUACCUUUAUGGUGGCCUGCAGGGCCUGAGGGAACAGAAGGACCUGUGGAGCUGGAGUUCUGCCAGUCAAACCUGGAGCUGCAUCAAAUUCCAGUGAGUUUCUUUAUUA